GGCGACUGGAAUCAUGCAUUGUCAUAGCAACGAGCUUCAAACCAUUGUGGCCAGUCAGACUUCAAUGGACACUUGCGAUGCUAUCGGAAGAAGGGACACCCUCAUCUCACUCAAGUCGCGACUGAUCUUUUUUGAUCUCGGCCGACAAGCACUCCUCAUCUGACUUCACUAUGAAACUAAAGAGGUCAGGUAAGGCAGGCAUCAGCUGGCCUAUACAAGAGCGCUCGUCAGAUCCCGUUCUCGAGUUCUUCCCGCAAAACUCUAAUCUCUCCUGGCACUACAAUUGGAACAAGAACUAUGACUCGUUGUUACCAGAAACGAAGCCAGGAUUGACAAUCGAUGCCGAGUUCGUGCCCAUGAUUUUCGCCCCAGACUACCUGGACAAUGGUGUUGAGCUGCAAGACGGACAUCGAUUGGUGUUAGGCUUUAACGAGCCAGACCAUCACGACGCAUCAGUCGCUGUGCAAACUUCAGUCGAGACUGCCGUCGAGGCCUGGAUCAGGCUCGCAAGGGAUCGAAAGCCGGGGGUGAAACUCGCCUCGCCUGCGGUAGCCCACGAUAUCCAGUGGCUGGAGACCUUUUUCAAGCUCAUUCCACCAGAUACAAAGCCCGACUACCUCGCAAUCCAUGUCUACACAACGACCUUUGUCAACUUGCAGGAGCGAGUAGAGGUUUACUGGAAAACGUUUCACCUCCCCAUCAUCAUCACUGAAUUCGCGAUGACGAGCUUUUCUGGCGCUCCCCCUCCACGAGACGUACAGCAAGUGCACGACUUCAUGGGUCAGGCCACUAAGUGGCUCGAUGAGACGGUUUACAUCUACCGUUACGCAUGGUUCGGCGCAUGUCGGAACCCCGCGAACCUGCAUGGCGUUCAUCCUUUGAAUCGGCUGAUGGAUGAUGAUGGACGAUUGACCCCUCUAGGGCAUCAAUACGUCAGUUGUGGACACGCUUAAGAUGAGCAGAUCCGGAUCCUUUGAUACCAAGCCUUCCCAGCUCACCCGAACUCUCAUCCCUCGUGGACGUUACAAGGAGGGAACAAGCAAGGAGCUGAUCACGUUAGGGGUCAGAGCUCCCUCCAUUGAUCUACCCUUGAAACAGACAAAGGAUACUGAUCGUCGCUCUCAUGUAUGGGACCUAAUUGACAUCUCCUGGCAUGCUUGGGCAUAUAUCAUUCAAGCGCUUCUGAGGAUCUCAUUAAGUCACCCGUCGAAUCUAUCUGCAAUAGAGCUCUUUGCCUGACGGAUCCCCAACGACGCUGAGCGUCCACCUGUCUUGCUGACAUACGUUGCCCUCUCUAUCCAUUCGCUUACUGACCCGGCGAGCGAGCGAACGAUCAUCAUGACUCCCUUCGCUCCUGCUCUUGGGACGCUGCUUGUGCUAGCCUCG